UCUCGCCCUGGUCGGAACACCAUCGAAGCGUAUGCGCGUUCCUAGAACUACAAUCCCACAAGGCAGUUCGGCUCAGGCGCCUGCGCACAGAGCGCUCGCUCGUUCUCUUCCGCUCCUUUUCGCCAGGAAAGACCCACCCGGCGGCGCUGUCGCUCGCGGUGAAAGAAGCGGAAGAAGAUGGCGCUUGUCAGCUUUUUACCUGCACCUACUCAGCUAUCUCAGGACCAGCUUGAGGCUGAGGAAAAAGCAAGAUCUCAGCGAUCACGACAAACAUCACUAGUUUCCUCCCGAAGAGAACCUCCACCAUACGGAUAUAGGAAAGGUUGGAUACCUCGGUUGUUAGAGGAUUUUGGAGAUGGAGGUGCUUUUCCAGAGAUCCAUGUGGCCCAGUAUCCACUGGAUAUGGGACGAAAGAAAAAAAUGUCAAAUGCAUUGGCCAUUCAGGUGGAUCCUGAAGGAAAAAUUAAAUACGAUGCAAUUGCUCGACAAGGACAGUCAAAAGACAGGGUCAUUUAUAGUAAAUACACUGACCUGGUUCCAAAGGAGGUUAUGAAUGCUGAUGAUCCAGAUCUUCAGAGACCCGAUGAAGAAGCUAUUAAAGAGAUUACAGAAAAGACAAGGGUAGCCUUGGAGAAAUCUGUAUCACAGAAGGUUGCUGCAGCCAUGCCAGUACGAGCAGCUGAUAAACUGGCUCCUGCUCAAUAUAUCCGAUACACACCAUCCCAGCAGGGCGUAGCUUUCAACUCUGGAGCUAAACAGAGGGUUAUUCGAAUGGUAGAAAUGCAGAAGGAUCCAAUGGAGCCUCCAAGGUUCAAGAUUAAUAAGAAAAUUCCACGGGGACCACCUUCUCCUCCCGCACCUGUUAUGCAUUCUCCCAGUCGGAAGAUGACUGUAAAGGAACAACAAGAAUGGAAGAUCCCUCCUUGUAUUUCCAACUGGAAAAAUGCAAAGGGUUAUACAAUUCCAUUAGACAAACGUCUAGCUGCUGAUGGAAGAGGGCUUCAGACAGUACAUAUAAAUGAAAAUUUUGCCAAAUUGGCAGAAGCUCUCUACAUUGCUGAUCGGAAGGCUCGUGAGGCUGUGGAAAUGCGUGCCCAGGUGGAGAGGAAGAUGGCUCAAAAAGAAAAGGAAAAACAUGAAGAGAAACUUAGAGAAAUGGCACAAAAAGCUCGGGAGAGAAGAGCUGGUAUCAAAACCCAUGUGGAAAAAGAGGAUGGGGAAGCACGUGAGAGAGAUGAAAUCCGACAUGAUAGACGAAAAGAGAGACAACAUGACAGAAAUCUUUCCAGGGCAGCUCCAGAUAAGAGGUCAAAACUGCAGAGAAAUGAAAAUCGAGAUAUCAGUGAAGUCAUUGCUCUUGGUGUGCCCAAUCCUCGGACUUCUAAUGAAGUUCAGUACGACCAACGGCUCUUCAACCAAUCCAAGGGUAUGGACAGUGGAUUUGCAGGUGGAGAAGAUGAAAUUUACAAUGUUUAUGAUCAAGCCUGGAGAGGUGGUAAAGAUAUGGCCCAAAGUAUUUAUAGGCCCAGUAAAAAUCUGGACAAGGACAUGUAUGGUGAUGACCUAGAAGCCAGAAUAAAGACCAACAGAUUUGUUCCUGACAAGGAAUUUUCUGGUUCUGACCGCAAGAGAGGCCGAGAAGGACCUGUUCAGUUUGAAGAAGAUCCUUUUGGUCUGGACAAGUUUUUGGAAGAAGCCAAACAGCAUGGUGGCUCUAAAAGACCCUCAGAUAGCAGCCGCCCCAAGGAACAUGAGCAUGAAGGCAAGAAGAGGAGGAAAGAAUAAAUCCAGCAGUCUUCAAAGUGAACGAACUAUAUUAUCCAUUACCCUAAUGAUGCAAGUCAUGGGGGGACUCUUUGUAAAUGGUCAGGAAAAAACCAAAUCUGGGUACUAGAGCCCAGCACUACUUUUUAUUACAGGGGCAGGAGGAUUGAAAAUUCUACUCUGAAUUAGUUUUUUAAAAGAGUGGGUUGUGUUUGUUCUUCUCCCACCUUUUCAGCACCUAGAGAACAUGCUACCCCACACACAGAAUUGAGACUUCUUUUUGUGUGACACAAGUCGUCUGGGGUAAUAUUUUGUGUAAGACCAACUACUUAUAAAUAAAGUUUCUCCAACCACAAUGAAUAGGAGGAUGUUCACAUAUUGGAACUGUGCCAUGAAAUGAAUUUUGUGUGUUGUCCUGUUUUUCUUUGGAGUGGGGAAAGUAACGUCUUGCUUACUGCAACUACUUGUUUCGAAUAAAAGCAUUUAGACAAAA